CAUCUUUAUUUUUCAAUUUAACACAUAUCAUACUCUUUUUCACAAAGCACAUAUAUUCAUGAGUGAAGAAUCUCCAUCCCAAGUUGACGUACUAGUCGUUGGAGGAGGACCCGUUGGUCUUUUCGCAGCAAACAUGGCCGUCAGGUCCGGCUUGACCAUGCGGAUUGUAGACAUCGAAUCUGAACCACAGCAUUGGGGCCGCGGAGACUGGCUCCAUGGCCGCACACUUGAAAUUCUUGACUACACCGGGCUUAAUACUGAUCUCUUAGGAACAGGCAGCAAGGUGGAAACGCUAGCAGUGCACCAUCAAUUACCGCCUCGCAACCAUACGGCGACAGCUGGACGAACAAGCAUGGAUUUUGUCCCUGAAUCCAUCGUUACAAAGUACAAGCAUCUUCUUUGCGUUGGGCAACAUAUUACAGAAUCGAACUUCCAGCACACGCUUUCGGAAAACGGUAUCCAAGUCGAACGCCCGGUCACUGUUACACAAUUUACUCAAAAAGAAGGAGAAGAGUAUCCUAUUUUGGCAACGUUGGAGAACAAAAAAAAUCAUGCGACAGAAGUGAUUCGUGCCAAAUAUUUGCUAGGAUGUGAUGGUGCACACAGCUCAAUUCGGCAGCAGCUUGGAAUCGGCUAUGAAGGCAACGGAAGUAAACGGAACUGUGGUGUUUUAGAUGCCUUGGUGCAAACCAAUUUCCCUGACCGAAAAAGUAUCAGUUUCGUUCGAGGACCUUUUGGAAGCCAUGCAUGCCUGUUUCCACGCGAAAACAACUUGACUCGUGUCAUGGUGGAACUUCCGUCGGAUGAUCGCGACAGAAAUCAAAUUCCUUUGGAGACUGUGCAAAGUGAGGCACGCAGAGCACUUUUGCCUCACCGCGUAGAGUUUUUGGCAGUAAUGUGGUGGACGGUGUACAGCGUUGGUCAGCAUGUCGCAGCUCGAUAUACCGACAACGCAGGUGAUACGCCUCGCGUUUUCUUGUGUGGCGACGCCUGCCAUUCACAAAGUCCAACCCUGGGUCAAGGUUUGAAUACUGGCAUCGGCGAUGUUUUUAAUUUGGUUUGGAAAAUCGCCAUGGUGAACGCUGGUCUUGCGAAGCCAGUCCUGCUAUCUACAUACGAACCCGAGCGGCGUCCCAUAGCACAAAAGGUUAUUGCCAUCGACCGACUAGUUUCUGAGAACGUUUCAAAGGAUGAGCCGUUAAUGAGCCUCAUUCGUGAGAAUCAAGAAUUGACUACUGGAUUUGGUGUGUCGUACGCAACUGGAACACCAAGAUCGUCGGCAGGAUUCUUACGAGCAGGCGACCGUGCACCUGAUUUCAAGGUGGUAGCAUACAGCACAAGCAAAAAAGCGCGUCUCUACGAUCUCUGGCGCACAAAAGAUAGCUGGUGCUUCCAUUUGUUGAUUCUGGCUGGCGAUUUAUGUCAGACCGCGGCACGCGUAGCAGAAGCUUUGGAAGCAUUCAAGGACAAGGAUUGGAGCUGGCUGCAGAUUCACCUCAUUACGACGACAACUCAAAAGGGCGUUAUUGAUGCAACGCCUAGCGUCAUUAGCAAGCAGGCGCUUUUAAUUGACAAGAUUAACCAAGCACAGUGCCAUCACGGAUAUGGUGUCAAGGACGAAGACGCACCUGUGGCGGUGGUUAUUCGACCGGACCUGCAUAUCGGAUGGAUCGGCACAUUAUCGUCGUCUAUGGAAGAGUGGCUUGCCACUAGCAUUAAUUUGGGGCUUAAGGGAUGGAAUGUGUAAAAAACGCAAAGAGAGCCAGCAGGCUGCUCACCCCCUUUCAUCAAACUCAUUUUACUCCAUGCAUCCACAUUCGAACCAUGUAUAUCCUAUAUUCUUCAUUCAUGUCAGAGCCAAAGUUGCAAGAGAUAAUACAUACUAUAAUGCCCUCCGUUUCUCUUUCCCUUUCUUUCUCUCUCUCUCUCUCUUAACCUCUUUUAUACCUCGAUUCUACCAUCUUAGGCGCGCAUCGCGCGUUCUUCUUUCCUCCC